UCCAAGUUUUCAAAACGGAAGUAAAAGAAGACAGACGACAAUCGCGUUAUGUAUGGAUUCAUUUCCCUGUCUUAAAUAUGCAGUUACUAUUGUUGUUAAGUGUACAAUCUAAAUAUACAACGACGUUAGUGCUUUAAAAAGCGAUAAACGCAGGCUACGUGUUAAAUAGCGACGUGGAUUUCAAUGUUCAAGAUAAACCAGGUUUUUGCGCGAGGGUCAUCAAAAUGCAAUGUGCUGGUUAAGCCAUCGAGCUACACAUAGAUGAACGCACACAUUUCGUAUCUAACAAGGAAGCUGCGUUUGGGAAGUGUGUGACUUUGUAUGCUGCGAUAUACAGUGGGAUUGUUAAAAUGUUUCGAAAAACAACGCGCGUGUGCGUGCGUGCGUAAGUUCGUGAUUUCUACUGAUGGUCACGCUGUGAUCUUAGAUAAGCACUGGAGAGAAUUGAAAGUAAAACGUGAAAAUGUCUAGUCUUAGAAACAUGUUUCGCCUGAGCAGACGACUCAGUAAAAGAAACUCGAACGACCUUGAGAAGGUACCGGAAACCGAUGAUAGCUCGGUCUUUACGGACGCGAUACCGGAAGCGGCUCCCGGGGACGGCACGAACUAUAUCGACAAAUCAUCGUGGACUAUAGGCGACCUUUUCGCGCACUAUCAGCAAGAGGUCGACUCGACGAUGGUUCUCGGCAACGUGAAAACGGAAGGGACGAUGCAGCCACAAGGUAGCAGUUCCAGAAAGAGCGACUACGAGAUGCCAAUCGAUUCCGGUCAGGUUAUUCUCUACCUGUUUGGGGGUUUCAACCCGGUGCACUCCAAUCACAUACAGACGCUGGUGGAAGCGAAAAAAUGGCUAGAGGCCAAUACGAAGUUCACGAUAAUCGCCACUUAUAUAUGCAUUUCGCCGGACUGUACGAUACAGCGGAAGUGCGAGAAAGAAAUAGAGCCCAUCAUCCUGCCGUUCGAGCACCGGAAGCGCCUCUGUGAGGUUGCGUGCUUGAAAUACGACUGGAUAAAGGUGCAUCAAAAGGUAGCGGAGUCACAGGGCGCCGUUCGCGAGGUGCUGCGCGUGGAGCAGAACGCGCCGGAUGCCAAAUGCGCCGCUGUGUUCGGGUCGGACCGCUUUAUGGCCGACGACAAGAAAACCGGUCUGCGGCUCUCGAGCUCCAAAGAGCUGGACAAAUGGUUCGCCGUUUGCGUUGGGAGGGAGGGGAUGAACGAGAAUGAGAAACGCUGGUUCGAUACUCAUAAGGGACGCAAGUUCGCGGAAACUGGUUACUACGUGAUACCGGCGGAACUGAGCAAUGUAAGUUCGACGAAGAUCCGCGAGGAGCUCCGGAAGUUCAAAAAGGCCGCCACUGACAGCGAACGCGCUGGCAUAUUGCGGGGACUUGUGGGACAGGGGUAUAUCUCAGAGGCAGAAGCGGAGUAUAUCUAUCAAGAAUAUACAACGUUGUUUAACCCUUAAAGCGCUGGAGCUGAAUUUUAAAGGCCUUUGCAAACAGUUUGGAUCCAGAUGAGACGCCACAGAACGUGGCGUCUCAUCUGCAUCCAAACUGUUUGCUAUUCUGAUAGUAUUCUUUGAAAAAAAUUCGAAGAAAAUGCUAAUUUUAGAAAUUCAACAGACGACAUUUUAGCAGACGACAAAUUUCCCAGCAUGCAAAGGGUUAAUUGAAAGCCCAUAACCUCUCAAAAUCAACGAAUAUUUCUUACAGUAUUUGAAAAAUAAAGUAAACAUAAAAAAAUUAAAGUUCCUUAUAGCAAUAGCCAAAAUUUCAACGGUAGAUGUGGUAUGGUACCAUAUAUUUAACAAGAUACAAAAAAAUGGUCUUUUUGCGGGACAAUAUAUCCAACACAUGUUCAUGUACCAAGUUAGUGCUCGUGUGUCGUAUGAAUAGAUAGUAUUGCGGUAAAUUAAAAUGGCAUAUAUUGUACCACACAAAAUUAAAAACGAGCAUUUUGCAUCUCGUUAAAUCUAUGUUACCAGACCACAUCUAGCGUUUAAAUUUUAGCUAUUGCUAUAAGGAACACUGAUAUUUUUAUGGGUUGGGAUUAUUUUGCGAAAUAUUUUGCGAAAUAUUCGUUCAUUUUGAGUAUUGAUGUUACUCUAACUCGUACCCAAGGCCCGAAUUCACUGAACAUUUACAAUACAGACUAUUACAACACUCGACUAAGAAAAUAGGCACAUUAUUUUCAAAUUCUAUUCAAUAAUUGCUUUAUUGAUUGAGCCAAACUUGGCAUUAACCAUGUACACCAUUCUUCCUGUAGAACAUUUUGUGAAUGGCAUAAUUACCAGUGUUAGCCUGUAUAUGUCCAAACACUGGAUGUCUUUUUGUCCCCUACCGGUGAAACCGGAGGGGACCUAUGGUUUGCGCUCUGUCUGUCUGUCAGUCUGUUCGUCACACUUUUCUGGAUCCUGCGAUAACUUUAAAAAAGUCUUCAUAUUUUUUCAUGAAACUUGAAACAUGGAUAGAUGGCAAUAUUGAGAUUAUGCACGUCAUUUCAUUUUGUUCCUACGUCAAGAAUUCUGGUUGCUAUGGCAACAAAUAUUUUAUAUAUUUUUUUUACUGACAAUGGUGGAGUUUCACCGGUAGGGGACACUAUUGCUUGGCAAUCUCUUGUUUUCUUUGUUCUAAGCCGACUGUUUAUUUUUAAGUCUAAGAAUGGGUUGGUGAGUACGGGACCAUAUGAAGCACGGUUCUAUAGAUUAACCCAUUUAUGCCCAGUGAACUCUCCCAUCCUUCUAAAUUGGAUCAAUUUAUUUCCAAAAUUAGGGGUGUCUGGUAUAUUUAUUUCUAUAUUAAGAAUAUUUCUUACAGAAAUUUCUUUAAGCAAACAGCGCAGACCCAGAUGAGACGCCGCAUUAUGCGACGUCUCAUCUGGGUCUACGCUGUUUGCAAUGUCCUUUUUUCAGGACGCUAGGCAUAAAUGGGUUAAACACAACUGCUGGGACGGUUGUUUUUUGUUCUCACAUAUUAACAAUGUUUAUUUUCGAUUUAGUUAAACCACUAGAUCUUUUAAAGAAAAAAGGUGUGUGCACAACGUUAUUCCAUAUAUUGGAGAAUCUCAAGAAUGGACAAUCCAAAUAAAAAUGGACGUUAUUCAAGACAUAGCAUGGCGCUUAGAUUGGCUAUAAGAUUGGUCAUUCCAGCAUUACUAGGGAUAUUAAUCAACAACGAUGUUAUUAAUCUGCAAUAAAACGGUAACAUAACCGUCAACAAAAUAUAUAAAUAAAAACACCUGCAUUCUUAAAACUAUUUUAAACACAUGCUUGUUAACAGAUUACUGUUGUAAGUGGUAACAGAUUCACAUGGAUUAUAUUUGUUUUGUGAAUUGAGGUUGCAAAAAGAGACUAAUUCGUACAUGACAGUGGUGCUAAGGUUUGAACGAGCUUACUUAACCCAUUUAUGCCUAGUGGACUCUCCCAUCCUUCUGAAUUGGAUCAAUUUAUUUCCAAAAUUAGGGAUUUCUAUUAAACUUAUUUCUAUAUUUAGAAUAUUUCUUACAGAAAUUUCUUUAAGCAAAAAGCGAAGAACCUGAUGAGACGCCGCAUCAUGCGGCGUCUCAUCUGGGUCUACGCUGUUUGCCAAGGCCUUUUUUCUAGACGCUUAGGUAGACGCUUAGGCUAGGCAUAAAUGGGUUAAAACGAGGAUCGAGCAGUGAUUCUAAUGCAAGGAACUUUAUGUAUUAUAAAUGACUGUGGCAACAGGUAUUGAGGCAUUUGCAUUGGAAGUUAUAUCGUUUAAACUCUUGAUUUCAAUCAUUGCUGAAACAUUCAAUGCUUGACAAGUAUGAUGUGGUUUUAAAAUGUUGUAUACAUUUAUCUUGUGUUUGUGUUGAUGGACAGAUGUAUGGGUACAAAGUCAAUCUCGUCAUUUGCAUUUUGAUUAGUGUUCAUUGCGUGUUGGAACAGACGGUUGCCAUAUGUGUUACCGUUUAUCGCAUUAUUCAAGACUACAAAAGGCAAUCAAAUGUUAUCAUUUCCCAUUUUUCCAUUACUAUACAUUUGAGCCGCGUCAUGCGUAAAUGGGUUUUAUGUCAUAUGCGACCAGCAGAGCUAUAGUUCAAGGCUUCGUGGUCUCAAAAGCGGACAUGGAAACGCCUUAACAGACUGCGCGCAUAGUUGGCUGGCCUGGAGCUACGCUGGCCGCAAUUGGUGUAAGGCCCAUUUUCGCAUGACGCGGCUCACUUAACAAAAACUGAAAAUCUCUAUAUGUUUUAAAGGGUGUUUCCAUUUUGAACAUAUGCAUAAUUCUUUCAAUAAGUUGUUAACCUGUAAACAAUGAUUGUAGUUUCAUUGUCUCUGAUACAGUAAAUUCGUUUCAAUUUCAAUUUUAUUACACAUUGAACAAUGACAAAAUAAAUUGUCGAAGAGAAAUGGAAUAAUUCUUAUUUCUUAUACAUGUACAUGAUUUGGCAUGGCAUUUACAAGAUUGUGUUACAAUUCACAAUGUUUCCUAGUAAAAUCCUGAUUGUUACUUUUGAAAUAAAAAUAAAAUUAA